AUGUGGGUCCUGGCCCUGAUCUUCCUGGCAGCAGCCUGCGUGUUCUCACUAGGGGUCACUCUGUGGGUCAUUUGCAGCCAUUUUUUCAUUGUGCACAUCCCUGCAGCGGUUGGCCACCCUGUGAAACUGAGAGUCCUCCAUUGCAUCUUCCAGCUGCUGUUGACAUGGGGGAUGAUGUUUGAGAAGCUCAGAAUCUGUUCUAUGCCCCAAUUUGUCUGUUUCAUGCAAGAUCUGCUUCCGCUAAAGUACGAUCCCGAUGUUGUGGUCGUGGAUUUCCUCUUUGGGACAAUCCCUGUGAAGCUGUACCAGCCCAAGGCAUCCACUUGCACCCUGAAGCCUGGCAUCGUGUACUACCACGGUGGUGGGGGCGCCAUGGGGAGCUUGAAAACCCACCAUGGCAUAUGCUCUCGUUUGUGCAAGGAGAGUGACUCCGUGGUUCUGGCAGUUGGUUACCGCAAGUUACCUAAGCAUAAGUUUCCAGUGCCAGUAAGAGACUGCUUGGUGGCCACCAUCCACUUCCUGAAGUCCCUGGAUGCAUAUGGAGUGGAUCCAGCCCGGGUUGUGGUCUGCGGUGACAGUAUCGGAGGGGCAAUAGCCGCAGUGGUUUGUCAAAAACUUGUGGACAGGCCAGACCUGCCCCGGAUCCGGGCUCAGAUCCUGAUCUAUGCCAUUCUCCAAGCCCUGGAUUUACAAACCCCUUCAUUUCAACAGAGGAAAAACGUCCCACUGCUCAUCUGGAGUUUCCUCUGCUACUGUAUUUUUCAAAACCUGGAUUUCAGCUUCUCCUGGCAAGAGGUCAUCAUGAAAGGUGCCCAUUUGCCUGCCGAAGUCUGGGAAAAGUACAGAAAGUGGUUGGGCCCAGAAAACAUCCCUGAGAGGUUUAAGAAGAGGGGUUACCGACUGAAGCCCCAUGAGCCCAUGAAUGAAGCUGCUUACUUGGAAGUAAGUGUUGUCCUGGAUGUGAUGUGCUCGCCCCUGAUUGCAGAAGAUGAUGUAGUGUCUCAGCUCCCAGAAACCUGCAUCGUGAGCUGUGAGUAUGAUGCUCUCCGGGACAAUUCACUGUUGUACAAGAAGAGGCUGGAAGACCUGGGAGUGCCCGUGACCUGGCACCAUAUGGAGGAUGGUUUCCACGGAGUGCUCAGCACCAUUGACAUGAGCUUCCUGCACUUUCCCUGCUCCACGAGAAUUCUGAGUGCAUUAGUUCAUUUUAUAAAGGGACUGUGA